GGAGAAUCAAUCUGGGUCUGGGACGCGGAGGUUUUUUUUUUUUUUAAAUAAUGAUUCAAAGAUAAGAGAAGCCCCCUCCCCGGGAUAUGCAGAACCACCGGCGGCGAGUUUGAAUCUCCUAGACCGAUAAAUCUACCCCUAAUUUCUAGGGUUUGCUCUUCUUCGUCGUUUCGCGACGCAAAUUUCUUCAUUCUGGAUGGAAGGAUGAAACCCUAGAGAUCCAGAGUCUUGAGGAUCAAAAAUAAGAUGUUCAUGGAGGAGGCGACAACAAGCAAUGGUGAAUUUAUAGAGAAGAAGAAUCAGCGAAAUUGUUUGGUGGAAAGUGAAGCGUUGAAUAAUUGGAGUGCAGGAGGUGGUGGUGAUAUGGCUAAUUCUGCCAAUGCAAGUUCCAGAGAUAGCAAGAAGAUACAAACUUAUAAGCGGAGAAAACUUGGGAGGUCUGAUUCUGGGAAUAAGUGUUCCGAAAACGAUAUGGAAGGUGUUAGUCACUCAGGAAGCCGGGAGUCUAUCUCUUGUGAAUUAUAUAAUCAAAGGUUCAGCACUGGAACUCAUCUUACUGGUGAACUCCCAAAGCUUUCUAAUCCAGAUAAACCAUCAAGUGAAUCCAAGUAUGAGACUGCGACAGCCGGUUGCCAGCAUGUUCUGUCUCAUGUUUUAGCUUCAAAGGAGUUUGCUUCCCUAAGUAAGUUGCUUUCCGAAAAUCUUCAAGGUGUCAAGAUUGAAGACCUUAUAAGCAGAACUCUGAUAGACACCAGGAUGAAAGAAGGUGUUUAUGAAAGUUCACCCGUGCUCUUUUUGACGGAUCUCCAAGAGGUCUGGCAAAAAAUACAGGAUGUUGGUAAUGAUAUGGCUGUUCUUGCUAAUAGUGUUUUGGAGCUUUCAAGAACCUCCUAUAACGAACAGUUGAAGCAGUUCUACACUGCAGAAUCGAAGCCUCAUCCCAAUGCAGAGAACAUCAGAAAUGACAGUCUUUAUGACAUUUGCAAGCUAUGUGGAGAGAAGGCAGCGCCAAGAGAUUGUUUAGCAUGCGAUCAUUGUGAAGAUAUGUACCACGUCUCAUGUGCACAUCCUGGUGGAAAGGGGAUGCCGACACACAGUUGGUAUUGUUUAAACUGCGCAUCUAAGGGAUUCGGAUCACCUCACGAGAAUUGUGUAGUGUGUGAAAAGAUGAAAACCCAAGGGAUGAUGAAGACGGACAACAGAUGUGUUGAUAUGAGUACAGACUGCAAAGAAGAUUCGGAUGAAUCUGAAGAGACUUCAAGCUGUAACAUGAAUCAUGGGGUUCACCACGUAGAGAUGAACAUAGAUUCUAAACUCUGUAGGACCUGUGGAACAAAAGUGGAGAGUGGCGGAAAGUACAUAACAUGUGAUCACCCUUUUUGCCCACACAAGUAUUACCACUGUGAUGGGUGUGAUGAUGCAUAUCACAUUUAUUGCAUGAAACCUCCAUGUGAAUCGGUUCCAAAUGGAGAAUGGUUUUGCACAACAUGUAAAGCUGCGAUUCUUAAAGUUCGCAAAGCACGAAAGACUUUUGAGAAGAAGAUGGAGACACGGCAGAAACAGAAAGGAAGAAAAACCAGGAAUGUCGGGAGCAAACUGCGAAGUAAAAGCAAUGGCGAAUUGGAUAAAAGCGUAGGAGGAAUGGACAUGCUUCUAAACGCAGCUGACACACUGAAAGAUGAAGAACAGAUGACAUUUCAAUCCAUCAAAUGAAGGAUUGGAUUAGAGAACAGACAAGCAAUACAGCUUCUUGUCCCACAAGAUUUUUCAAUUUGUUCAUCUUCCUAACUAUCAAAACCUUAAUAUUGAUUUUUGUCUACAAAGUUGUGCUCAUUUGGAAAUUUACAGAUUUUGCUAACUUUUGAAAAAGCAAGACAUAAUUCUGUUGAUAACUUCUUAGAUUGAAAUCUAUUAAUCAACAGUGCAUUGUGAUCUGCUGA